ACCUGCACAUCUACUGAAGCUACAGGAAUGGCUGCAGGGGGCCAAGCUUUGGUUCUUCCGCUGCUGCAGUACGAGAACCCUGAAGCUCAUGAACACACCGAGCCUCAUCAGACCGCCGUCAACAUCCCAGCUGAGCUGCCCAACGACCACAUCAUCUGGUCUCUCAUUUCCUUUGUGCACGGAAAUCCAUUCUGCCUGGGCCUAGCGGCCCUCAUCUACUCCAUAAAGGUCAGAGACAGGAAGCUGGAUGGAGAUCUGGACGGAGCCAGACGUCACGCCUCCACUGCUCGCGUUCUCAACAUCAUGGCGACCGUCCUGGCGUGUUUAGUAGUUGUUGUUUAUGUUGUUGUAAUUUUUACUGGAAUUGCAUGAGCAAAAAAUUGUUCAAGCUUGAUCCUAUUGCAGUUACAAUUGUUGGCAAUAACCAAC